AUGCCAAAGAACCUCCCGUCUGACAGCCCGUGGGCGCGCAUCUUCUCGAGGCGCAAUCGGUCUUCCGAUGACUCCCUUGACACCACCAAGGAGAACACGGACCGUUCUGUGCUCAGUCCGGAGGAGAACCGUGCCGCGGAGGGUGCACUGCGAAAUGCAUCUUGGGGGACGGUGUUCUAUUUGAUUACAACGGAUAUAUUGGGCCCGUACUCCUCCCCUUGGGCGUUCGCCCAGGUGGGAUAUGGCCCUGGUGCAGCAUGCUUCGUCGUCUUCGGCAUCAUGGCAGCCUACGGCGGCCUUCUUCUCUGGUGGAUGUUCAUCAAGCUCGACUCCGACAGGCUCCCUCUGAGGACGUACGGAGACUUGGCGCACCGCAUAUAUGGGCCCUAUGCUCGGCACUUGUGCAGCGUCCUUCAGACCAUACAGCUUGUCAUCAACGUCGGUUUGAUCGUCCUCAGUAAUGGGCAGGGUCUCUCGCAGAUGGUCAAGUUCAGGCUCUGCUUCAGCGUAUGUAACGUCCUCUGGGCCCUUGCUGGUAUGGUCGUCGGCCAAGUCCGCACCCUCCGCCGCUUCGGCAUCAUCGCGAACGCGUCCAUCUGGCUCAACAUCACCACCAUGAUCAUCGUCAUGGCCUCCGUUCCCUACAUAGCGCCCAACUAUACCGCGACCGCUCUCACGCCCGCGCCGAUCCAGCGCCUCGCGAUCAACCUGCAGCCGUUCCAGCAGCAGCUGAACGGGAUCAUGCAGAUGGUGUUUUCGUAUGGUGGCGCGAUGAUUUUCAUCGAGUUCAUGGCGGAAAUGCGGCGCCCGAUGGAUUUCUGGAAGGCGAUGGCGCUGAGCCAGCUGUUCAUAUGCGUCGUGUACAUGUUCUUUGGGCUCUUUGUGUACUCGUACCAGGGCCAGUUCGUCGUCAACCCGGCUCCACAAACCAUCUCCGUGUACUCCAUCCAAACGAUCGCCAACGCGUUCUACCUGACCGCCUCGCUCAUCGCAGCAGCCAUGUACGGCAACAUCGCAGUCAAAGUCAUCCACCAGACCGUCUUCGUGCCCCUCUUCGGCCUCCCGUCCGUCAACAGCCAGAAGGGGAAAGCCGUUUUCGCGGGGAGCGUCGUCGUGUACUGGGCGAUCGCGUUCGUGAUUGGGAGUGCGAUUCCGCAGUUUAGCAAUAUCACGGCGCUUGUCGCCGCGAUUUGUAUAUUCCAGUUCACGUAUACAUUCCCCCCGCUGUUGCUGCUGGGCUUUUUGGUCCAGACGGAUGCGAUGGAUGGCGAGGAUGCGGGCCAGACGAAGCCCGAGGCGGUGCGCAGGGAUACGUGGCGGAGUCUUGCGCGCUGGAGACGCGGACGUAAUAAAUCACGACUCGCCUUUCAUGUGUGGAACUUCCUCCUUACGCUCGCGUGUCUCUCGUGCGCGUCCCUCAGCGGGUACUCGGCCGUGUAUACGAUUAUUUCGUCGUUCCAGACUUCUGGGUCUGCGACGUCGUUUGGGUGCAAGUCGCCUGUGGACAACUAA